UUCAUUCACAACACAAAAUCUAAUACUAUUAAAUCCACUUCAAAUUCACAAAGCACUAUUAAGUAUUCUCUCAUCAUCAUCCCAAACAUAUUUGGGGUCACAGAGAGAAAAAAUGGAGUACUCAUCAUGGGUUAAAGUUAUGCUCUUUAUGGCUUUCUUUUCCUUGCCUGCUUUAGUUGAGUGCAGGGUUCGUCAUUACAAGUUCGACGUGGUGCUGAAAAACACAACAAGACUAUGUUCAACAAAGCCCAUAGUGACAGUAAAUGGGAAAUUCCCAGGGCCAACUCUCUAUGCAAGGGAAGAUGAUACUGUCCUUGUGAAAGUAGUCAACCAUGUUCAUUACAAUCUUUCCAUUCACUGGCACGGGAUCAGACAAUUGCGAACAGGUUGGGCUGAUGGGCCUGCUUACAUUACACAAUGUCCAAUUCAGCCCAAACAAAGUUAUUUGUACAACUUCACACUCACAGGGCAAAGGGGUACUCUUUGGUAUCAUGCACAUAUUCUUUGGCUAAGGGCAACUGUUCAUGGUGCUAUUGUUAUCUUACCCAAACGUGGUGUCCCUUACCCAUUUCCCGCCCCUCAUAAAGAAGCUGUUGUUGUGCUAGCUGAAUGGUGGAAGUCUGAUACUGAAGCAGUAAUCAAUGAGGCUCUAAAGUCUGGUUUGGCACCAAAUGUAUCGGACUCGCACGUAAUCAAUGGUCACCCUGGACCUCUCUCUACAUGCGCCUCAAAGGCCUCUUCACAGGGUGGAUACAAUCUACAAGUAGAAAACGGUAAAACGUACAUGUUACGUAUUAUCAACGCUGCGCUUAAUGAAGAACUGUUUUUCAAAGUCGCCGGGCAUAAAUUUACAGUUGUAGAGGUUGACGCCUGCUAUACUAAACCUUUCAAAACCGAUACAAUCCUCAUUGCACCAGGCCAAACCACAAAUGUGCUUAUAACAGCUGAUCAAAGUUCAGGCAAGUACCUAGUUGCAGCUUCACCAUUCAUGGAUUCACCAAUUGCUGUCGAUAACUCAACCGCCACAGCAACUUUACAUUACGCUGGUACCCUAUCAACCUCACUCACAACCCUAACUAAACCCCCACCUCAAAAUGCCACACCAGUUGCUUCAAGCUUCACUGACUCAUUAAAAAGCUUAAACUCCGCAAAGUAUCCAGCUAAGGUUCCACUGAAAAUCGAUCAUUCGCUUUUUUUCACCGUGGGUCUUGGCUUAAACGCUUGCAAAUCUUGUUCAAGUGGAAAUCAAGUUGUCGCAGCAAUAAACAAUGUCACUUUUGUCAUGCCAAAAACAGCUCUUCUUGAAGCUCAUGUUUUCAAUAAGAGUGGAGUUUUUACUGAUGAUUUCCCGGGUAAUCCCCCCACAAGCUUCAAUUAUACGGGAAAUUUGACGACGGCGAAUUUGGCCACUACUACUGGAACAAGGCUUUAUAGGCUUGCUUAUAAUUCUACCGUGCAACUAGUUUUACAAGACACCGGGUUCAUAUCUACUGAAAAUCACCCUAUUCAUCUUCAUGGAUUCAACUUCUUCGCAAUUGGAAGAGGAUUAGGGAAUUACAACUCUAAGACUGAUCCUCAAAAUUUCAAUCUUGUUGAUCCUGUCGAGAGAAACACCAUUGGAGUUCCUUCAGGAGGUUGGGUCGCUUUUAGAUUCAGAGCUGAUAAUCCAGGUGUUUGGUUCAUGCAUUGCCAUCUUGAAAUACACACAACAUGGGGACUAAAGAUGGCGUUUAUAGUUGACAACGGUAAAGGCCCAAACCAGUCGAUUUUGCCGCCUCCAAGUGAUCUUCCAAAGUGCUAAAUUUCAUGUCAUCCAUAAGAGUACGGCAAAAUAUACAGAGUUGCGAGAAAAUCCUCCAGACCAAAUCAAAAGGCCUGAAAAGGGGAGAGAUAUAACGAAGGAGGAAGGAAAACAGCAUAAGAUGGUGAGCUGUUGAUGCAUCACCGGAUAAAUCUGAACAGAGAUUUUUUUUUCGUUGUGUAUAGCAACAAAUCCCAUUUUUAUUUUUAUUUUUACUGAUUUCAUAUGGCAUAUAUUACAUACGUUUGUAUUGUGAAUAAUCACAUAUAUUUGAGAAAUAAAUAUCAUCAAGUAAAUUUGUUACACCAACAACAAAC